AUGUCGUCCUCAAACCCAAGCGGCCUGGGCCGCACGCGCUCGCUGCGUCGGCCAGCUGGCCUCUCGACGACGACGGGGAGCAACCCGGGCACGACGAAUGGUAGUGGCAGCACUGGAGCAUCUACUGCUGCACAAGCAGCGGGAGUGGGGGCAGGCAGCGACCACAGGAGCAGGGCCGGGGGUUGGGGCGGCGUCGGCGAGAUCAGCCACGAGGGCGCUUGCCUCUGCGACGGCCUCGGGGACGGGGCCGGCACCGGCGAGUGGACGCACACGAUCGACGACGACGACGGGCACGGGCACGAGUGCGCCGGGGGCAUCGGGGACAACAGGCGCGAGUGCGAGAGGGCUGGGCAGGGCACCGUCGACGCGUGCUACAAUCGCCGCUUCUGGGACGACAACAACGACGGCGGCGACGGGGACAACCACCCGGCCGAGGUCGGCGACCGGGACGAGUUCGAAGACCGCGAGUGGAGGUGCUGGUCGCGCAGGUAUGGGUCACGCCAGGGCAAAGUCUACAGUGACGACAUUGACUUCGGCAACGACACUGCGCCCGGCAGCAGCGGCGGCGGGCCCGGGACCGACGACAGCGUCGAGAACAGGGCCGUCGGCUUCGAGGACGACGACGACAGGCCGAGGGCAUCAUGCCAGCGCGAGUAG